CCUUCUUCCGCGCGAACCUCGCGUCGUUGAACCCCCGCAAACCCCGCCAGCGCCUCCCCUGCCAUGGGCGUGUGGGGCACGCCUGCGCCGGGCGCGGCGGGUGUGAAGAGACCCGGCCAAUGAGCCUGGCGCGACGCUUUCAGCUGGCGAGGAGGGUCUGCCUCACAUGCCGAGAGGCCAAAGAAGAGACCCUUCCCAGCAACAGCCGCAUGCGUUGGGUGGCGCUGGGCAUUUUGAGUCUGGACAUUUGCAUCAGCUACGUGCCGCAGUACACCUUCGUACCCAUCCUGCGGCAAGGGAUGCACGCUCUGCAUGUGGAUGAGGCUGCGAUGAACUUCCUGUGCAUCCUCUACGCACUGGUCUAUGUGCCCGGCGCCUUCGUCACGGGACCGCUGGUGUCGGUGCUGGGGUGUCGCUGGACCUUUGUGCUGGCCACGCUGCUCAUCGCACUAGGCUGUGCCUUGCGAAGUGCUUCUUGGAUCAGUCCGGUGGACUCCCAUGGGUCGAGACGGCUGCUGGAGAUGAUGCCGGUGCCGAGCUGGAUGGGCAACUCCGCCUUUGCGUAUUUGCUCAUCGGGCAGGGCAUUUGUGCCCUAGGCCAGCCGCUGCUGGUGAACUGCACCUCGGAGAUGGGCGCCGACUGGUUCGCGCCCAGCGACCGCCCGGCGGCGGCCAUGAUCUCCAACUUGAUGAACUUCGUCGGGGGUUCCCUGUCCUUCGUCCUGCCACCACUCUUCGUGGACGACAACCCCAGCAACUUCGUGGAGAUGAACGCACAAAUUUCAUCUUUGCUGAACUUCCAGUUUCACUCGGCGAUGGUGGCCUUCGUGCUCACCCUUUGCCUGUACCGAGACACCGGGCCCUUUGCGAAGACCGCAGAGCACCGGCCGCCAAUGAACUUCGCUGCGGAGGUCAAAGGAAUCUUCCGGAAAGCGGACUUUUGGAUCAUCAAUUUCCAGUUUAUGAUUUACAUCUCCAUCGGCCAUGCUUUUGAUGCAGUGGAGGGCUCCCUGCUGGAGAACUAUGGCUACAACGCCUCCUUGACGAGCUGGACGGCCAUGGCCUGCGCGGUGACGUCCAUUUUGAGCACCAUGGUGGAGGCGCGGUGUAUCACUUCCGCAGCCUAUUACCAGGCGGCUCUCUUGAUCUCCAAUGCCUUCAUGGCGAUUUCCCUCCUCAUGGGCUAUAUGUGUUUGCACUAUGGCUGGUCUCCGGGCAUGUUCAUCACGGCCGUGGGCAUCAUGGGCUUAUCCACCCCAGGAUGGGGCUGUUCCGCCGAGCUGGGCUCGGAGGUCUGCUUCCCCGCACGGGAAGCCACGGUGAACAGCUUGCUGGAGGCCUUCAGCAACAUGGCCGGCGUGGCAUCCAUCGUCUGGGCACAGGAUGGGAUCGAUGCUCACUUGGGCGCGGCCGUCUUGGCCGUGAUGGCCGGCUCGGCGGUCUUGGGCAUGGCCGUGCUGGGAUGCCUUUCAGGGCGCUUGAGCCGCAUGGAGACGGAGAAGAGCCCACGGGCAGAGGAGGGCCUCGAAGAGGGCUACGAGUCCUCGCAGGAGCUCACCGCCGUGCGGCCCUCGCCACCCGCCUUCCGGUAUCGCACCAAGAUGGCCUUUCUCCUCUGGGCCAUUCUGCUGAACUUCGUGAGCGUCUUGAUGACCGCCACGACCGCGCAGUUCCUGAUGCCGCAGAUCCUCUCGGAGCCGCCGCAUCUGAUCCCCAAGAAGCACAAGAAGAAGGCGGUGAGGUUGAAGAACGGCUUGAAGGAACCCAGGACGUGGUUGCUGGACUGCACCGAAAAGCAUCAAGGCUCACACCGCGAGAAGAUCAUGAGUGUUUUGACCAACAGCAGUGUGGCCUUCUUCCCCUGCUUGAAGGGCCGGUCCAACCUGGCGGCCUCGAUCGACGAUGGGCUCCUGCCGUCCUCGGCGCGAAUGGCCUUCAGCAGUUCACCUACGAUUCGCCUAGAGUUGGCGAAGGCGGCAACCCAUAUGAAGCUGUGGAAGAACAUGGUGCUUCAGAACAUCCCCAGCGCAAGCAUUUUGGAGGACUCGGAGAGCUUGUGUUCCAAUUUCCGGCGCAGGCGCAAUGAGCUGCUGGAGCGGCUCCCUUUGAAGACGGACUUCGUGGCCUUCAACCCGGUGAGGGAAGUGGGACAGCUGGACAGCAAGCUGAAUGCCAAGAAGAAGCCUGAGAUCUUUGGCAGGAAGUCUAAGCCCAACGUGCCGGUCUACCGGCUGAAGCCCAACAAGGGGCUCCCCGAGGCCUUGAACAACUACUACAUCACCUUGCGCUACGCGAAGAAGCUCCUUCGCAUCGGCUCCGGCUUCGACGGGAGCCAAAGCUUCAGCGAGUUCGUUUUCAACAACCUCUACCGCAGCCCGCAAGUGCGUGGCUUCCAUGGCUAUGCCUUGCCACCUGGCCUUGUGGGCAACCAGAGUGGGACCCUGGCGAGCUGCCUCUAGGA